UAAUGGCAGAAUACGUCACAAGAAUUCCUCCAAACUAGUACAUUCAUGUUUUGGAUUAAAAUACCAAUACAGCAAGGUAAUGAUAUUUCAAGAAGAAUUUUAGGCUUGAGGUUGGUCCACAUACUUUCAUUAGAAAAGAGCAUGAAAGCAUAAUAGAAGGUCCAAACAAAAUGAUUAGUUUACCACCUAAGACCUAUUGCAAAAUUUAGAAUCCAAUCUUGAGAGACAAAAACAAUUAGCCUGUCAAAAAUGCUUAUGGAGAAGUUGAAAUAUAAAGAGGGGAAAUAGAGUACAGAACAGCUGAUGAUUACUCAAACCCUUUUCCUUUGUUCCCUGGUAAUUAUUUAAACAUAACAACAAUUUAGGGGAAAAAUUGGAUGGUCGAGUAGAAACAUUACUUAUCGUCUAACAGAACACAGCACUGAGGUUAGUAGCUAUAAGAGAUUUUAUUGUGGAUGGUAAAAAAAAAUAAGCUGGAGAAGAAUGGUAUUUUUUCAUUUAAACUUAACUUAGGCAACGCAACGGACCAUUUACUUACUAUCCCAGAGCAGAAGAGUAAAUUGUUGAAAUAGUAAAGGCAGAAGUAAUUAAGCCAAAUUAGGCUUUAAAACUAAAGGCAACACAAACUUUUAUUGAUAAAAAUGGCAAAGAAAGGAGAGCAGGGUAAUUAUAAGUUUUAUCUUGUAAAUUAGAUAAGAAUGGCUCAUUAGAACAACUGGGUCUUAUUUGCCAGAUACAUUUGAGAGAGUAUCUGAAGUUGUAAAAGGAGUAGUUCUUACAGAUAAAGUAUGUGUUCAUCUAAGAGCACAAAAUGAGUUCACUGAUGUCUAUGGCAUCAAAAGAAAACCUGGAAAUGAAUGGAUUAUCACUAAUAAGUAAGCUUAAGUUCAUAUCACCGAUGUCUAUGAAUAAUUGGUAGCUGUUGAAUAAGCAAUAACUCUUGGAUCAAGAAAUUAUUGUAUUAUUCUUAAUCCAUAUAAUCCAAAACUUGAAUAAAAUGAUUGGGGAAUUCAAGUGUUAAUCAAGGGAGAGACAACCUUCUUCUUAUAACCAGGAGAAGAAUUAUUAGGGGGAAAAAUUGAAGAUGUAUCAAAAUUAAUAAAAAAUAGAUUGUUAUUUUAGGUGAAGAAGAAGCCCUUUUAGUCUAGGCCAUAUAUGAUCAUUCAGAAGAUGACGGAUAAUUCAGAAAAGCUGGUUAAAGAUGGAUAGUUAGAGGCCCAAGAGAGUACAUUCCAGGAGUUAAAAUCAAUGUGAUAGAAAAAAGAAGAGCCAUUCCAUUGGAUGCUAACGAAGGUAUCUAUGUCAGAGAUAAUCGUACUGGAGAAGUCAAAGAGUAAUAAUUUUGAUUUUAUUUAUAGAAUCAAAGGAAAAACCUAUCUUUUGGAAGCACAUGAAUCCUUAUGGGAAAAGCAUUUACCUGAAAAUGUUGAAAUUCUUGUCUAAAGAGCCUCAACAGGUUAACCAUACGUUCCCCCAUCUGUAUAAGCAUCUGGAAAAAUGACUUAUAAUUUUGAAUCAGAAUAACUCAAGCCAAGGGAUAAAACUAAAAUUAUAUCAUUCAAAGCACCUCAUAAUUCAGCCAUCUAAUUAUAUGAUUACAAACUCAAGAAGUCAAGAGUUGUUUUUGGACCAGAUCUUGUCAUGCUUGGACCUGAUGAAUAAUUUACAGUCAUUAAAUUGUCAGGAGGUAAACCUAAAGUUGAAAACCUCAUCCAGACUUUAACUUUGAGUUUAGGUCCAGAUUUUAUGACAGAUUAAUUAAUUGUUGAAACAAGUGAUCAUGCCAAAUUAAAAUUAACACUAAGUUAUAAUUGGCACUUUAAAGUUAAUAAAGAUGAUCCUAACGAUGCAUAAAAGUUAUUUGGAGUUAAAGAUUUUGUUGGUGAUGCAUGCAAAUCCAUUGCAUCCAGAGUCAGAGGUGCAGUUUCUUCGAUAACAUUUGAGGAUUUCCAUAACAAUUCCAGUGUCAAAAUUAGGGAAGCUGUUUUUGGCAAGGAAGGUAAUGAAAUCAGAACUUAACAUACCUUUGAAGCCAAUAAUUUAGUCAUUACAUCUGUUGAUAUUUAAGGUUAAGAAAUUACAGAUGAGGCAACUAGAAGACAAUUAAGCCAGAGUAUCAAUUUGGCUAUUGAAAUCAGUUCAAAGAGUUAAGAAAUGUAAUCUAGACACUAAGCUUCAAAAUUAGAAUAAGAAGCUAAAGGGUAACUAGGAAGAUAAAAACUCCUUGAUUAAGCUAAAGCGGAAGAAACAAAAAUCGAAUUAUUAAAACAAUAAGCUUAAAGUGCUAAGGUUAGAGCAGAAGGAGAGGCUGUUGCUAGAGCCAUAGCUGAAACUAUGGAAAAGAAGAUCAAAGCUGAAGCAGAAGUCAAUUAAGCUGAAUUGAGAUCAAAGGCUUUGUAAAUUGAAUAAGAAGCAUUGUUAGAAUAGUAAACAUAAGAACAAGAGGCAGAAUUAAACUAUCAAAGGGUAUACACUAAAAUUCUAUAUUUAGUAACUUAUUGAAUUAGAAAUCAAGAAAGCAAAAGAGUUAUCAGAUAUCGAGAUAAAGAAAUUCAAAUAAUAAAUUUAAGCUAUUGGAAAAGAAACUAUAAUAGCUAUGGCUAAAGCUGGACCAGAAACUAAAGCUAAAUUAUUAGGAGGUCUAGGACUUAAAGGAUUCUUAGUAACAGACGGUAAAAAUCCAAUUAAUCUCUUUAAUACAGCUAACGGAUUUAUUGGAGAAAAUCUAAAAUGA